ACUUUGAGUUUAGUCCUGCAGAGUUCUUAGGGUCUGCCGACUGUAUUAGGCAUUUACCCAUACUAGGUAAGGAGUAUCUUGUUAGUUGUGCUAGGUGGUUAGGUAUUCCGUUCAAAAUGACGGAUACAAAGAGGAAGUUACUAAUAAUGGUAAAGAACAGUGUUAUGCAACGUUUGGCUGAGGCUGAAGGGUUAGUUGGGGAAAAUAUUAGUGUUAGAGGUAGUGAAUUAGUAAAUGAUGAUAGGUUAGUUGUAGAUGAUAAUGGAAUUAGUGGUGGUGCAGGUUUUUCGUUAUUUGAUGAUCCUCCUCAGACUGGAGUCAUUUAUGAAGGUCCGGCCAAUUUACCUCCAAGAGGAAAUAUUACCACAAACCCCUUCUUAACUGAAGAGAAUUUAGGGCCAGCAGUGCCUACAAUGCCUGUAAAUUCUGAAUCAAAGGAAAUUCAGGAAUAUGAUUUAAUUUGUAAAAAAAUAGAGUUGUUGAAAUUGGAGCAUGCAGAGAACGAGAGGGUGAGGAGGCAUGAGAUAGAGAUGGCCAACCUUAAUUUGGAAAUGGCUAGGUUACAGGGGGCUACUAACCAAUUUAGCACCCCACGAGGUAGUCAGCCUGAUAGGUUUAAUAUUGGGGCUGCAUUAAAAUUGGUCCCCAUUUUUGAUGAAAGGAAUGUUCCUGAAUUCUUCAAGGCCUUUGAGAGGGUGUCUGCUCGGUUGUCUUGGCCACCAGAGAUGUGGACAGUGCUGAUUCAGUGUAAAUUGGUGGGCAAGGCAAUCCGGGUAUAUAAUGCCUUGGAGGAAGGGAUAGCCAGGGAUUAUCACAAGGUAAAGGCACUAAUUUUAAAAGCAUAUGAUUUGGUCCCUGAGGCAUACAGGUUGAAGUUUAGGAACUUUAAUAAACAGCCAUCCUUGUCGUAUGUAGAAUUUGCCAGGUUCAAGGAGGAACAGUUUGACGACUGGUUGAAAAGUCGUCAAGUUGUCACUUUUUCUUCCUUGAGAGAACUCAUGCUUUUGGAGGAGUUUAAGAAAUCUUGCUCCAAAGAACUAAGAAUUUAUCUCGAAGAAUUGAAGGUCACUAAUUUAGGUAAGGCAGCUCAAGUGGCUGACGAAUUUGUCUUGACCCAUAGAACAGGUUCAGGCAAUUUCGCCAGCAAGGAUAUAAAUAGUAAUGUAGUCAGAUCAGAGAAUUUCCAUAGAGGAAUACGGAGUGAUAUUAAUAAAUCUAAGAAUUCCGUGGCCCAGAAUAAUUUCUCUAGUAGUAAGAAUGGAAAAUUCACGAGUAAACCUGGUACUCGUGUAUUUUCCAAAGGAGGUAGUUCCGGGACGAGAAAUAGUAAUAUUAAGACUUGUUUCUGGUGUAAUAAACCCGGUCAUUUCCAAGCUCAGUGUCACGCCAGAACAAAUUAUCUUCAAAGGAAUAAUCCUGUGGCUUUAAUGCCAAGUGCAUCUCCUGACGUAAAAUUACCGAUAAUAAAUAGUGGUAGUGGUGGUAAUAGUACGCCCGGAGAGAUGGGAAAUAAUAAUCCACAGGAAUGA